GUUACGAGGGCACUGGGUCAGUCCUGAUGUCCCCUGUUCCCCAUCAGAUGUUGCCCUACAUGAACGUGGGCACUUUGUCCCGGACGGAGCUGCAGUUACUGAACCAGCUGCACUGCAGGCGAAAAAGACGGCAUCGGACUAUCUUCACUGACGAGCAGCUGGAAGCGCUGGAAAACCUCUUCCAGGAAACGAAAUACCCAGACGUGGGCACCAGGGAACAGCUGGCCAGAAGGGUGCACUUAAGAGAGGAAAAAGUGGAGGUUUGGUUCAAAAACCGGCGGGCAAAGUGGAGGAGGCAAAAGCGAUCGUCUUCGGAGGAGUCAGAAAACGCACAAAAAUGGAAUAAAGCGUCUAAAACGUCUCCGGAGAAGAGACAGGAGGAAGGGAAAAGUGACUUGGACUCCGACAGCUGAUACCUCGCAGGGGGGACAUUUCCCGUGGACUGUCGGAUACGCUCCAGAGGAUGCUACUAAUCUUGCACAAGCUCUGCCUUGUUGGAGGGGGAAAAUAUCUGUAUAUAAUGUACAAUGCCCCGAGUUGAUUUCGUGUAAAUAAAAUGUGUUGCGGAGAUGUU